AUGUUGGAUCAAGUAGACGAUGCCUCAAGGCGCGAAAAAUGCUUUACCACGAUAUCUCAGUUACCGGCAUUUGUCGACCCAAAGCAGAUCCCCAAGAGGUCGCCCUUUUCUACAUUCCACAACCAUCCAUUUUUACAUUCGGUUGAACUCAUAAUACCAAAGGAGGUGUUGCCCCAGAUCAAACCAGCACUCGCCAAACUAGAGAAACCCCGAUAUGCACGGGUUUACAUGUCACCAUCAUCCCUACUGGAGCAUGAAUUUUUCAACACAUAUAUCAAAUCAGGAACUCUGCGAAUGGAGCUCGGGAAGGAAAUAUAUGAGCGAACAGGUCUCACGGGCAAAGUCAUCCGCAGUGGAGGCAGAAAGCAUGCCAAAGAAAGAUAUUUGGUGGAAUUGAACUUGCGGCUGCCUUCGAUGCUGCACGGCAAGAAAGGGUUUGACAGAAUAGUAUGGGCCUUUUCAAAUGUCCUGACUCAAUCACUGGCCUGGCUCUUCUGUGAUCUAGAAGAUCCCGCUGGUUUAGAAGAAGCUGGAAACAAGCCCAUUCAUCAGCUUCAACCCCAGCUGGCGACGUGUGAGGUUCAAGAAAUUGACCAUGAGCAAGUGGCCAUGCCUCGACUGUCCGGGGAUGCGGUGGAAGGCAUGUCAGAGGGUGAGGCACAAGAAUACUGCGGGGGGCUGGCGGAAUGGCUUGCUCUGGUCCAGAUGGACUCUCCCCGGGUCAAAGAAGAUGAUAUCGACCCAUACCUUAGUCGAUACGCCGUGCCAGAUGCCGAGGAAACCCGUGUCGAUCUGGUCAGUUUGAAGUGGCAUGGGUUUAUCUCGUGCCAUUGGGCCCUGAGAGUGUUUCUGCAGGCUAAACACAGUAACCCGGCGUGGUUCGCACUUGCCGCUUCCGCACUGGGGAAAGAAGCCGUGGAAGGAAGGGACGGGUUUACUGUUCUGGCGGAAGGAACGAAGGUCACCUGCUGGGAAGCAACGGGGGCUUCCAUUGUCACAUCUGUGUCUUCCAUCUUUUUCUGUUUCUCUCAUCUUCUUCCCUUGCAACUCCCUUUUCAUCUCGUUCUCCCAAUUCCCCUUGCAUUCCUGCUACUCAGCUUUUCUUCCUAUCUAGAGUUCAAGAUGGACGCUGAGGUCCCCCCUCGAGGCAAAAUUGCCGAGCUGACCCCGGAGGAAGAGGAGCACAUGGUCAAGUUGCUGACCCUUUAUCUGAACGAUGAAUGGGAUGGCGUUGGUCCUAUCUCAAACCUGUCGAUUGGUGUUGACGAAGUGAUCAAACCACUUGGGGGUGAUGUUAUCGUUGGUAAGUACCCCACAUCGCUUCAUGUCAUGUUGCUUGUCCUGACCCUCCCAGAUACGUACGGGACCAAGUCCCACCAGGAGCCCAACGUUCCUGACUCCGUCUUUAAUUCUUCAUCUUCCCUGAAGGAGACGGAGACUGAGAAUCAGAGAACCCCUGGUAUUAACUAUCGGUCUGCUACAUAUGAUCCCUCGGACCCCGUUCUUGGACCAGCCACUCUCAAUUUCCUGGAAUCAUACACCGACACAGUCUUCGUACCUCGACCAACGACUGCCGAAGAUUUUGCUGAACCAAAGACCGUCAGUCCGCUUGACACACUGGUCUCGCUUGACAACGUUGAUCUUGCGCCUCGUCCUCACUUCGAACCUGACAAUGACAUCUACCCAUCUAAAUAUGCCGAGAAUUGUCUAUGUUGCCCAAAUGAUGAACGAGCUGAUACCGGUAGCCUGGAUGCCCCAAUCAACCAAUCCUCCGUCUCGCCGCCCACUUCCAUCUCGAACAGUCAGGAAUCCUCUGCAACCUCUGCGGCUGCGGCUGAGGUUAGCAAGUCGAUUAAACCGCCCAAUGUCGCUGCCUCUGUCGUCGCUGUCGACAAUGCUGAUUCUGCGCCACCUGCACCCACUGGGCCCGAAGCUCUCAAAGUCUUCACCUACGAAAUUCCGAAAUCGCAGGCUCGAGAUGGAAAGCAGCCCCCUGAGAAGAACAAGAAACCAAAGCGUACACCCAAGAAGAAGGGAGGCGAUCAAGCUACACCAACGGAGAAGAGACCCCCAAAUUCUGCUCCAAAGUCGGCCCCAAAGUCUACCCCACGCAAAGCUCGCAGCAAGGCUCCAGAGCCAUCUGAUGCCACGUCGACCGACCAGCCACUGCCAACUACGCCUGCUUUUCGAAAGCUCGCGCCAGUCCCAGCAACGGAAGCAACCGACAACAUCCAGAACAACACGCAGGUGACGGGUGCUCCAGUUUCUGCUGCCCCAGCUCCCACUGAUACUUUUUUUCGAAUGACCGGGCCACCCGCACCCACUAGGAACCCCUACGAGACUCCUUGUCAGGUCCAGGAGCAAUGUGAAACCCCUGCUCAAUCGACCACUGUGACCCCCGGUCAGACCACGGUGCGUGCAGCUCUUCCGAUGCCUCAGACAGACUGGGCGGCUCCAAGAAAGCCAAAGGGCAACAUGCCACGGGCGCUGCCUCCUACUCCCAAGUCAAAGCCUCAGAAUGAUGUUCGCCCACAGGCCAAGUUCAGGGAUGUCGGAAUGAUACCAGGUGACUCAAAAAUCAAGAAGCUUCAGGAAAGCUACAUGGCAAAGCUAUCAUCAGCGUCAGUUGAAUCCAAGUCUCAGUCUGUUUCGAAGAACACACCAUUGGCAAAUUCAAAGGCCACGCUACAGGCUUCAACCCAGGCCCGCAAGGCAAAUACCAUGGCGCACCUCCUUGAUCAAAUCAACAAACAAACGGCGCAUCUUCAAUCGGAAGCUGACAGACUCCGUACAAACCGGCAGCUCAUUGCGAAUUCGAAUUACCCACCUGGCUCCCCAGAGCAUUUGAUCUUUGCACAGGAAUGGGAACUAUUGAAGGUAAACUGGGCAAAGAACGAGCGUCGAAAGGAGCAAAUCUUUAAGGCUCAACAGCAAAACUCGAUGCAGCAGCAGAUGAACCAGCAAGCAGUUACUCAGCCACAAGAAACUUCUCAAUUGCUGGCCACUCCUCAAUUGCAGAAAGCCUCUCUGCCACAGGGCACUCCACAGAGUCUGGCCGCCAAGUCGCAGAGCAGCCCUCAGAUGCAGCUCGCUCCCCAGAUGCAGGCUGCCCCCCAGAUGUAUGGCGCUCCCCAGAUGCAGGCUGCUCCCCAGAUGCAGGCUGCUCCCCAGAUGCAGGCUGCUCCCCAGAUGCAGGCUGCUCCCCAGAUGCAGGCUGCCCCCCAGAUGUAUGGCGCUUCCCAGAUGCAGCUCGCUCCCCAGAUGCAGCUCGCUCCCCAGAUGCAGCCCAUGAAUGGCGCUUUCCAGAUGCAGGGCGCUAUCGAACCCCAGGUACAGGCCCAUCAGUUGCAGGGCGUUUCCCAAUACCAAUCUCAGGCUAGUCCUCAGCUGCAGGCCACUCAGUUACAAGGCACUCCCCGACGACAGGCCACUCCUCUGCCUCAGAUCCCUCUCCAGCGCUCGGUCACUCCUCAGUACCAAGCUCAGGCUAUUCUCCAGCAACAGGGAUCCCCCCAGAUGCAUAGCACUCCCCUGCCUCAGAUGCCUCUCCAGCGCCCAGUCACUCCUCAGUUCCAGCGAGCUCCUCAAUAUCAGGUAGCCACUCAGCCACAGGGUACCCCUCGAUCUCAGGCUGCCAUUGAGCCACAAUACACUCCUCGGGCACAGGCCAUGACCCCACCACAGACUGCAAUCCGACCACAGGGCACUCCUUCUUUGCAAGGUGCCCAGCAGUCUCAGCGUCCUCCUCAGUACCAAGCUGCUCCCCAAUUGCAGGGCGCAGCCCAAUUCCAGGCGGUUGUAUCCAAAUACCUCCCAGUCCAGCAGUCCCAGACUGCUCUCCAAGCCCAACUUGGACACAACAAUGAUUACAUUGCCCGACCCGCCAGUCGCGCACCAUCUCUUGCAUCUUACUCGUCAGGUGCAUCCCUCAAGAGAGGAUUCUCUGCUAUGAACGUCACCGGGCCCGGCAACAACAUGGGUCACCCAAGCUCCAACGGCCAGUGGGCGGCUGGUGAUUGCGGCUCUGUCGGCAACAGUCCCUCUUUGAACGGACCUCAGGUCAAGCGUUCCAAGUUCCCGUUGAAAUAG